CACCGAAUCCGACUUUUACGCACGGGAGAGGGCGGCCCUGGCUGCGCGUACUCGUCUGCUAAAGGCUGAAAGUUACACUGACAGUCCCACCUUGAUGGUUGACGCGCUAAAACAGAUUUUUGGGAGAGCUACAGGGAAACUUACCUUCGUCUUUUGCUCCGGACACUGCGCAGUUUUCUCGUUUUGAUUAAGAGACUGAUCCUUUAACUCAGUGCGCGCAGCUGCUCUUUAAUAAGUAGGCUACCGAGGGAAGCACGCUCAUGUGCUCGGCUUUAUUAUCGCGUUUUUUUAAUUUGCUUUUCUUUUUUUAUGCGCAAAAGCAAUUAUGAGUAAGUGAAUUAGUGAAGUUGACGCACACCAGCUAUGCAACCCGGCCGUAUGGAGACGGUCCGAGUCGUUUGAAUUUUCGGAGCAUUUAGUCCGGGGACAGACAGAGACAGAAAGUUAGAAACAGACCGCGACAAAAGACAUCUGGGUCCCUCUGAGGGGUGUUUGGGAACGCGUGCCUCUCGCUGUCCCAGGUGUCCCGCCGAGCGGUGCGGAGUCUCCAGCUCGGGCCGGCAGCGCUGACAUGCUGCCCAAAGUCGAGACUGAAUCCCUGGGACUCUCUCGAUCGUAUGGAGAACACAGGCACAUGCCAAGGAUUAUGCAAGCACCCCAAAUAAAAAUGAUGGACUACUCUUAUGACGAAGACUUGGACGAGAUGUGUCCCGUUUGUGGAGACAAAGUUUCUGGGUAUCACUACGGACUCCUGACCUGCGAGAGCUGCAAGGGCUUCUUCAAGCGCACCGUCCAGAACAACAAGCGCUACACAUGUAUAGAGAACCAGAGCUGCCAGAUUGACAAGACCCAGAGGAAGCGCUGCCCGUACUGCCGCUUCCAGAAGUGCCUCACCGUUGGCAUGAAGCUAGAAGCUGUGCGGGCGGACCGCAUGCGUGGCGGUCGCAACAAGUUUGGCCCCAUGUACAAACGUGACCGAGCUCUCAAGCAGCAAAAGAAGGCGCUGAUCCGAGCUAACGGCCUCAAGAUUGAGGCCAUGACUCAGGUGAUGCAGGCCGUGCCCACUGACCUCACCAUCUCUUCAGCCAUCCAGAACAUCCACUCAGCCGCCUCCAAGGGCCUCCCGCUGAGCCACCACGCCGGCCACCACACCGGUCACCACCACCACCACCACCACCAUCAUCACGCCACUGCCCUGCCCCCAACAGACUACGACCGCAGCCCAUUUGUCACCUCGCCGGUCAGCAUGGCGAUGCCGCCACACGCCGGCAGCCUACAGGGCUACCAGGCGGCCUACGGACACUUCCAGGGCACACGCACCAUCAAGUCAGAGUACCCUGACCCGUACACCAGCUCGCCAGAGUCCAUCAUGGGCUACGCCUACGUAGAUGCCUACCAGUCGGGCUCGCCACCCAGCUUCCCCCACCUGAUCGUAGAGCUGUUAAAGUGUGAGCCUGACGAGCCACAGGUUCAGGCCAAGAUCCUGGCGUACCUGCAGCAGGAGCAGGCCAGCCGCGGCAAACACGAGAAGCUCAACACCUUCGGCUUAAUGUGCAAGAUGGCCGACCAGACGCUCUUCUCCAUCGUGGAGUGGGCACGCAGCAGCAUCUUCUUCCGUGAACUCAAGGUGGACGACCAGAUGAAGCUGCUGCAGAACUGCUGGAGCGAACUCCUCAUCCUGGACCACGUUUUCCGGCAGGUGGUGCACGCCAAGGAGGGCUCCAUCCUUUUGGUCACCGGCCAGCAGGUGGACUAUGCAGUGAUCGCCUCACAGGCCGGAGCCACUCUCAACAACCUGUUGAGCCACGCCCAGGAGCUGGUGGCCAAACUGCGCUCGCUGCAGCUCGACCAGCGGGAGUUUGUCUGCCUCAAGUUCCUGGUCCUCUUCAGCCUGGAUGUGAAGAACCUGGAGAACUUCCACCUUGUAGAAAGCGUCCAGGAGCAGGUCAACGCAGCGCUGCUGGACUACGUCAUGUGCAACUACCCGCAGCAGACGGACAAGUUCGGCCAGCUGCUCCUCCGGCUGCCUGAGAUCCGAGCCAUCAGCCUGCAGGCUGAAGAAUACCUUUACUACAAACACCUGAACGGCGACGUGCCCUGCAACAACCUGCUCAUUGAGAUGCUGCACGCCAAGAGAGCUUAGGAGGGGACUCUGCUACCCAUAAUGCAGCUUGUGAGGUCGUCCUGAGAGUUUUGCUGUGGCACAAAAACUCUAAAUAAAGAACCUACCAGCUCAGACUUUGACUGGGCGCUGACCUGAAGGACAAAGAGCGAGUGGGUUAGAAACUAUUGUUUAUAUUGAACUAUUCAAGUUACAACUUGAAGAACAGAUCUGGACGAACACGUGCACAGAGUAUGAUAAUGUGCAGAAAAACAGCAUGUGGAUCCCCUUUACUCUAAAAAA